GGCGGUUAGAAGAAAUGUCUGAUUAAUUUAGGGUUCUUUACAUCACUAGUACUGACUUUCCUUGGUGUUGAUGUCAACAAAUACCUAGAAGCAACACGUGCAUGUCAUGUGUGACAGCAGUCGGUUUAGCACCGGCAGCAUGAAGAGACCUAGCAUGCUCACUGAAUAGCACACAUCGGCCCGUUCAACAAAGAAAUACAAACACCAUUAUUUCUGAAAGAAUGUUGCAGCAAACUCCGACGGGGCGGCCACGGCCAUUCGUAACGCCGCAAUCUCGGACAGAGACCGUGCCUUCGCCACCCUGGUGGAUGAACUACUAUCGAUUUCUGGAAAUCUUUGGUAAGUAUUCAGAUAAUUUCCAGAUGUUGAUAGAGGACGUAUGCUGACGAGAAGUGAUCAGUGUUUUAUUUGAAGAAAAUUAGACGAUGCCAUUUUUAACAUUAUUCACAAGCUUCUACUUUCACAUUUAUUCCUUGAUGAUGAACAAAAUAUUCUACACACAACACAUAAAAACAGAAACCUUCGAUCUUCCGACUCGAAAUGGCAUUCUGGAAACGGAAGAGGCACAGGCACAAGCGGUGCAUAGCGGAUGUCAGUAUCUGCUUCAGCGACUGCGCAUCUCGGAGGCGCUUUUCCGACAAUUUCUGCUUCCUAGGAGUCCGGCAUUGCAGAGGAUAUUAGCAAUUGGAGCGUCACGAACAGAUGGAGAUCAUGCUGAAGUCUCUACGAGAACCUCUCAGCCGCGUGAGCAGCUUCCUCUAGCGACGUUUUUAGAGCUGAUGCAAGUCACGGGCACACAUUUGGAGCAUGAAUUAGCUGAGUACAAUAGAGGAAUGCAACAACAGUAUAAUGGGAUUCCUGGUAGCACGAGUAAUCAUGGUGGUCAGGUUGUAGAUGUCCUCGGAGGAGUUGGAGUAUCUUCAACUGCGCUUUUUCCGGGACCUCCACCACAGGCGCCAGUAUUAAGGGUAGGUUAAAGGUGUUUUUGUUACCGUUUGUUAUGGCUCUCUCCCUUAGGUAGGGACGGCCAUAACAAACGGGAGAUGAACCCACGAACACCAAAUAAAACCUACCUCUAACAGUAUUAUCGAUGUCUUCUUCUAGCACGUCAGCGUCAGGUGUACCGCUUCCAGGAUCUGGCAAAGCCUACGGCUACCCGUACGACCAUUUGUUUCAACUCCGACAACAGGCUAGUUUAGAAGCUACAGGUGCGUCGGCCACAUCAGGAGGAGGAGGUGCUCUGGCGGGAUCUUUUCAACCGGAUAGCAGGCAAGGGACGAAGAGCGGGGAUGUGUUGAACGCUAGUGGAUUUGCUGAAGGUUGUGAUUAACUUGUUGUUAGAUUCUAACAGUUAGAAGAAGAGCUGAGACUGAGUUUUCUUACAAUAGGACAAGAAUGAAAAAUCUUGACCUGGUUGUGCGGACAGCUCUUACUCUACGUACUUCUCAUCUGAGACAAUCGUGUCAUUCUUCUCACCAAUCUCCCGACCAGAUCCGACCAAUUCUGGUUCUAUAUCGCGCAUGCGAAUGUCGCGUACUGCGUGUGGUGUUGUUUUGCAGCAAGCUCGACGGAUGAAGCCAGAAGUUUCCGCUAGCGGGGAGCGGUUUUACUACGCAGCUGAGUAUUUAGCAGGCAGAUCACGGGAGCAGUCGAAUUCACAGUUGACGCCUGCCAACCUGAGUCGCGUCGACAUUGAGCAAAUGUUACCUCCAUCAACGACGAAAACUAGCUUACAACUCGCUAGCCUAGAACAAGUGCAGGCGUGCAAAUUCGGGUAUCGACCGCCUGCGAGAUCUGGAACAGCGAGUGCAAACCGCAGUAAAGCAGGCAGUCCGGCUACUGGCAAUAACAGUAUUUCGCCAACAGCUGGCGGAUUCCAACAACAGUUCCCGGGAGGUAAUAUUGCUAGUAAACAAAGUGCCAUGUCCUUUCCUAGUGGACGAGAACAGUCUACCUCAAAGGAGCAACUACAGGGAGAGCAGAGUUGUUUCAGUUCUCGUCCUCCAGGGAAGAAGACGAGCAAGCAUUUUGCGUUUUCGCCUACGGACCAUUCUGCAAAAAAUACAGACAAGUUGACGCAUCUAGGGCCAAGGGGUUGGAGGUAUGCACAACCUGUGAGGUAUCGAAACAUCGAGUCUAAAGUGAAAGCGGCAUGGCGCGGCCCGCCUCUGAUGGAUGACAAUCGGAGGCUCUCCGGAAACCUUUUUCUAGAGGGUGUUCACUAUCCGGCAGGCGCAGAUAUCGAGGCGCUGCUUACUCCGACUGCUCAAGGUGGGUCUCUUCGGAAUGUUGGAGGUGCGGGUAGCUUUUACAACGUGAAUAACUUGAACAACUUCAACAACUGUGCAAUGCCCUCUACUGCAACCAUGUUCCAGACAGGAGCACAGCAGCAGCCACAGCAAUUCAACGCGGGAGCAUCGUAUGGUGGAGCUUCUUCUAGUAGUACUGGAAACAAUAACAUGAGCAGGAUGAUGUCCGCGCCAGUCCCAGUGGUAGCCGCACGACCGAUUUUGAAGCGGCCACAAGCAGAAACGACAACGACUCAGAAUACCACUGACGCUGCUGCUGGAGGAUCAUUAGCGGGCACAAGUACAAUUGCGGUGCAGCAACCUUUGCUGGAAGGCGACGCUAGUGUUGGAGCAGAGGGACCUCAAGCGGGAGACUCGUCCCCUCCUAUGGGCCAACCUGCUAAUGGGAAUGCCGAGCUGUUUUCACAGCAUCCCUCUAGUACGAGCAACAUCAAUCAGAACGCAGCUACGACAAUCAAUCACGCACCACCUCUAACAACAACUGCUUUACGUACCACCUCCAACAACAUAGUGGUCCCAUUGGCGUCUAGCGGAAGCUUAACGGGUAGUCUGCGCCAACAUUUGAUGGUGAGGCACUCACCCAAAAGCAGAUCUUCUGCAGGGCCAAGGAUUAGUGUGGGUUCCCAUAUGAGUUCUGCCUUCAUGCCUGUCCAAAAUCGACCAUCCUUUAGUACUGGAGGGCAGCAGAUAGUGCACGUGGGUACUGGGGCAGCGACAAGUAGUACGAGUAGCGGAGCUCUUUCAGCAGGUGGAAUGAAGGUGCCGCCUCCAACUGGAGCAGCUGGUGGAAUGAACGUGCCACCAACUGGAGUCGCUCCACCUGGUUCUUUCCAGCCGCAUGGCGUUGCAAUGCAGAGCUUCACGGGACAGCACCCACCUGUAGUUCAGAUCGGCAUCAUUCCUCCUCAAGAAGUAGCACAGCAAACAUUGCCUCAAGAACCUGACUCACCUUUGAAUGUGACAAAUCCACAGUACAUACGAGAACAGAUGCUGCUUAUGCAACAGGCAGGAGCUAUCAAUGGUAGUCAAGCAGGGGCACCUACUUCUAGUGAUGCUGACAAGAACAUAGGACCACCAGCAUCGGCCAUAGAGGACAUAUUAAAUGCGGCUACGAAAGCAACCUCUUCUAGCAACAAAAGUGUCGCGGACCAACAAAACAGUGUAAAACAAGCAUCUUCUUCUAGUGGAGGUGAGGAGAGUGCUGUUGCAACGACCACAGCGAAGAAUCUUCAAGGUGGACCAGGACAACAACAAGAAUCAGAACCGCCACCUGGUACAGCAAGCGGCCUGUCCUCCAUCAAUCCUAAGCCUCAGAGCCAAACUAACAAAGCGAGCAGUGUUGAGCCUGUGAAGUUGUUUUAUCCUACACCAGUGGAAAUCACACACGGGAUAUGGACCAAACCACCACUAGAGGACCAAAUCCAAAACAUGUUACUGUUAGACGGACGAAGACGAGCAACAACAUUCACAAAGAUACAACAGAAUCUGAAUGAACCAGCUCCAGCCCGUCCACCUGAAACAACUUCUGUAGGUCUUAAUCCGGGAGCUGCUUUAUACCACAAUGUGAUGAGCUAUGCAAACGCGCAUACAACUAGAGGAGAGGUGGCUCCACGACCAGAAAAGCAGAACCAAACAACUGCAAACGCAGAAAUGCCUCAACUACAAGGAGUAAAACCCCAACUACAGAGUGGUCAACAUGGCCACAUGAGACAUAAUCCCAAUGUUGUUGGUGCCACUAGCUCCCAACUUAGAGAUCUUCAGCUCCCUUCGAGGCCAGGUGGAACUACAACAACUGUGCAACUCCAGCAACCUCAACUUCAAGCUCACCUUCAAGCACCAAUAGAUAUGGCCAGUGCAACUGGAAGUGAAAAAACAAUCUUAGGAAGUCCUCGAAGUAGUGCUAGCAGUGGGAAAACUCCUGCGUUUUUAGGAAGCACGUUGACCACAGGAGGUCGGAUGGAGGAGAUGCUGCCGCAAGAACAACAGCAACUUGCUGUGGGAAAGACACCUACAAUACUUCCUCAAGAGCUGUUUUUACCUGCGUCAACGAAUACAACCGCUCAUCCUCCACAGCGCCCACCAGGCCAGCAACAGCAUGAUAAGCGACAACAAAUACAAGCUGCGCCAUUUGCUUUUUACGGAGGUGGUGGGGCUUCUGGUGCGAAGGUAAAUUUCAACAGCAAUCUCCUUGUGUCUCACCAAGGAUUGUUAGCAGGUGGUCCUCACCGACUUCAUCAUAGAUCAUCGCACUCGCAUCAACAGCACCAUACACUGAAGGAGCCGACUCCAAAUGCGAAGGGAACACCACCAGAACAAGAUGCUCCUGAUGGGCAAGGUGUCAAUGCACAGAACAAACUAGAGAAUCGAUUUUCAUCUGGGUCAUCGAGUUCUUCCGCAUCGACAUCACAACUACUAGUACAGCAAAAUCCGCUAUUCAACAUUGCAGGAGGAGGAACAUCAGUUUAUCCACCUGUAAUUGCCCUCCCGCCAGCUCCUGAGAGCUGUCGCAUGCGGAAUUUGAACACGGCGAGUUUGUUGAAUUCAGUGUGUGAAAAACUAGAGACGAUCGGGACAGUAGAUCCUCUGCAGACCACGACUGACAUCAAAGGGAUCGCGCAGCUAGUUGGAGGUGGUUCACACAGUAGCUCUGCGUCCUCCCAGUAUUCUCAUCUAGAUCAGCGAAACACUCUAGAUCCGGAAACCAGGCAACUUGAGGCAAGAUUACAGGAGCUGCGACAGGAAAGCGAUAGAAGAAGGGCUUGAGGCUCAGGCUCUUCUACCUGCAGCUCAUAAUAUGUCCGCAACAUGAAGAUCGUUGCUGUCAACAAAAAUUUAAUGAUACUACGCAUUUGUUGUUCGUUUCAUCUUCAUGGUAAGAGUAGGUACAUUAGUAUUUAGAACUAGAAAUAUUAGCGCGUGUUGUAAUAACUAGAAGAUGGAGCUAAAGUUCUUGUAGCAGAUCUUUUUCGAAUUUGACAAUAUUAUUCUGGUUUAUUCGUAUUAUCUUUCUUGUUUCAUCAGAAUAGAAAAGCAGCGUUCUUGUAGUUCUUCUAACUUGAAAUUUUUGUUCUUCUAACUCGUACAAUCUUGUGAACUCUUUUUCCCUAGUAGUUGUAGUUUUCUUAAGUUCUUUUUCUUCUUAUGACACGAAACAAGAAGGAUCGAUGCGUGCUAAGGGCGUGAUGGAUAUGGAAUGAAAGCCAAAAAGUUACACGAUAGUGGACAACCACUACCU